AUGGGACUUCCAGUGAUGCCCAAUGAUACAAGUCAACAUCUUCAGGCCUCAGUCCCACCUAGUCGCCAGCUUCGUCAGUCAUCCUCCAUGUUGAUGACGUCUUCCGACCCUUUGGCUUUUUCCUCUCCAGCUAAUUCGAUAUCUGCGCAUUCCUCUGUUGCAGCAUAUACCUUAAGGGAGACAAGGGCCGUGCAAGCCCAAAAAAACGAAAAGGGGCCAUGCCCUACAGAGUCGGAGGCUGUCGUAAAAGAUUUAUUAUAA